AUGGGUGGUAUAGGAAAAACAUCCCUUACAAGAGUUGUUUAUGAGACAAACUAUGAUCAGUUUGAUAUUUGUUACUUUUUUGCUAAUGUUAGGGAUCUUUGUGAAAAGGAUGGAUUAGUUCCCCCACAAAGAAGAUUUCUUUCACAUACUGGGAAGCUAAAAGGAAUAGAAUUUGAUGAUGCAUACGAUGGAAUGAAGAAAAUGAUAAGCAUUCUAUGCAACCAAAAGGUUUUAAUAGUGCUUGAUGAUGACAGUGACACAAGCCAACUUGAGUACCUUGCCAUAAAGAAAGCUUGGUUGGGUCCAGGAAGUAGAGCACUUGUCACUACUAGAGGAAAUGUACUUGAGUGGAAAGAUGCUUUAGAGAAAAUGAAGGAAGUACUUCCAAAAGACAUUCUGAAGAGACUUCAAAUGUUUCAAUACAUUAGAUGA